AUGUUGUUGGAGAGAGAAGUCGAGAGUGUGCAUGUGACGCCACGUGGCACAGAGUGUGAAUCUCAGCAUGCCGCGAGAACAACUGCUUGUGGAGCAUUGAACAUCGCGGAGUUACCUGUGAUUCUGCGUGGAUUCAAAGCACGAGGCGUGAAAGAUCAUUCGGAAUACAGGUGGAGUGAGUCUGAACGGGAGGCAGUCACUGGGGAAUGUUAUAUGGUUGUGGAUACGAGUUUUAGCAAAUACCUGGUCAAAUACGUGCGUGGACGAAAAGAAAGUGAGAAAACGGUGGCCGUGGUCCUGGGGACAGUGACUACAGUGAGCAGCUUGAAGAAAAUUUUCUGGUACUUUGCAUUAACGAGCGAGUAUCAGCAAAUGAACUUCCCCUGGUUUCGUGCUGCAUUGGACAAUGUUCGGUCGUCUCCGGUCUGGCUCCACUCAGACCGCAUGGAUCAGUUAGAGGAGAAGUUGGAAGCGCUGAGGAGCAUACAGGCGGCAGAGAGUGUGAUAGAUCGUAGCUUCAGUGAGGUGGUCACAUCGCAGGGGAAGAAGCUGAGGGGCUGUGGGGUACCAUUGGGUGUGAAGGAGGAGUGGACCAGUGUGUCCCGGAGGGAACAGUGCCUGCAAAAGACGGACAAGGAAGGGGAGGGAAGUAUGCGUCUGGUGGUGGCACCUUCGCGGGAGGUGACGGAAAUGGUGGUUCAUGAUCUUCUGAACGUGGAUGCUGCGAACUUGGCUACAAUUUGGAUUCUUUCACAAAGAAAAUGUGGCCUUUCUAAGUGUGUCAUUGUUUACAUGUUGGCCAUGGCAACAACAGAUCUACUGGUGCUGAUCAACAAUGUGAUACUCUAUCACAUCUUCAGUUAUCACUUUCCUUUGUCAUUCCUGUCCUAUACUUCUAUUUGUAGACUCAUUAUAUACAUGACUGCUUUCACUCCAGAUUUGUCUGUUUGGUGCAUUGUCUCCUUCACAUUUGACCGAUUUGUAGCGAUCUGUUGCCAGAAGUUUCAAACAAAGUAUUGUACCAAAAGGACUGCAAUUAUGCUGCUAAUAGCCAUCACGGUUGUGAUCGUUUUGAAAGAAAUACCAGUUUUGUUUGCUUAUGAACCUGAGAAAAUUAUUAACAAAAUACAGUGGGGCUGUCGGUCAGAUGCAGCUUUUUUUGCGUCUUCUGCAGGUAUAGGGUAUGUUUGGUUUUACAGUGCCUGUGUCAUUUGGAUUCCCUUUACUCUGAUUAUCCUGUGUAAUUCAUUAACUGUCCAACGUAUUGUAUUGGCAAAUAGAACCCGCACUGGACUCCGGAGCUCCAAGAAUAGGAAUCAAAGAGACUCAGAAAUGGAGAACCGCAGAAAGUCCAUCAUUUUACUAUUCUCGAUAUCAGUAAGUUUUCUCUUGCUUUGGUUGACAAAUGCCGUGAGUUUAGGCGUUACCAAAUUGACAGGCACCGUUUAUUACCGAGGCAAGUUCACAAAUCCUGCAUUUAUAGCCAUCGAAUUAGGAAAUGCCUUGAAAUUUUUUAGUUGUCUUCUGAACCCGUUUAUUUAUGCAGCGACUCAAAGCAAAUUCAGAGCAGAGCUGAAAAAUAUGGUUAAAUUUCCAUGGAUAUUAUUUGACUGCUUUGUUAGGCAGAAGCCUACAAAAUGA